AUGGACCUUGGUACAAUGACUAAGAAGCUGAAGACCUUGACAUACAAGUCUAAGGCUGAAUUUGUAGCAGAUCUUAAUCUAAUUUGGAAUAACUGUUUAAAAUAUAAUGCCGACGUCCAACACCCCUUGAGACGAAACGCAAAUUCAAUGAGAAAAGAAGCCGAAAAACUGGUCCCUCUUAUUCCUGAUUUAGUUAUAAGGCCUAGGGCUGAAGUGGAAGCAGAGGAGCGCCGUAAGCAGAACGGUGGCGACGAUGAUAUUAUUGAUGAUAGUGAUGAUGAACCAAUAAUGUCUUCGCGUGGGCGGAAAGCUGGCACCAAAGGAUCUAAAUCUAGGAAGACCGCAAAGCAAGAAGAGAGUACUGAACAAAAACCUAAUUUAUACUUGAAUGGUAUACAUAAUAAUCCAGACCUUGAAGGCUUUGAUAUGGCUUUAGAGGGGUGCCAGAAUGGCCUUGCGACACCGCCUUUUAGAUCCUUUACUCCAUUAAAUGGCACCCAAGCGCAUGGAAAUCAGUCAGAUAUUGUGAAAAAUAAUGUACAGAGUAUUGCGACUUUGGCUGAGGGUAUGGAAGGUGAUGAAGAGCGGGUUCUACCUGAUUACUACGACUAUUUGUCAGCAAUCCCUGAAAUACCAGCAAAACUUCAAUGGCUAGAAGACUCUGAUGGUCAUCUAAUUGAUUGCUCAGAAGAAUACAUGCGUAUGGUACCAAAAUGCCACUUUACCUCUCCAAAAAGCUCUUUGACUAUAAAAUUUGAUGCAAACAUGAGACAGAUCCAAGAAACAAGAAAAAUAUGCUCUAAAAUUGGUGUUAUCAAGCAGAUGCAGUUACAGGCACAGACUUACAAUAACCAAUUCCCUAGGUAUGAGCCUGAGCCAUUUAUCGAAGCUGAUAUAGAACCACACGUUGUUUCAGAUGAUGGUCCUAUUAUGGCAACGUGGGUUUGCAAGGCAGCGAUGCAACGGUCCGUGGCUAAGAAUGGGCUAGAAAUCGAAACACUAGAAAGCUAUGUCAAAGAUGAUGUAGAACGUCUUGGAAUAAAGCUUGGAGUCAUGCAUGAGCGUAUGAGGGCACAUCUCUCCGAUUUACUCCGCCCAGUACUUACAGAUGGAGGAGCUGAUGGCUCUGGCGCAUUUAAGGAUGGUAGUGACCAGUUCAUCGGUGGUGAUUUUGCUGAAGAGCUGGGCGAAGACUUUUUUGGAUUUAAAGCUCUAGGGUUGGACUCUGAAUUUGGCAUGUCAAGUCUCUCUGUGCCUUUGCAUCUUCUCCAUACACGUCUCUACAACAAUCAACCAAGUCAGGUAGUACAAGGACCAUCAACUGACAUUUUGAAGUCACUUCCGCCUCUGAAACCGGUUACAUUAGAGAGUAUUAACGAUCAAAUCGGCUUGAUACGGAAUUUCUUUCUGGCUAAACUUCAUGCAAAUUCAGACCAGCCACUAAUAGAAGACGAAGAACUUCCUCCUAAGCAGCGGCCAUCACGACCACGUCUCGGACCUACCGGAAAAAUUACUUGCCCCCGAAAAAGGCCACUUAAAGAAGUUAGUGGUAACUCUAAGAAAAAGAAGAGACUCGACAAUGGCAAUGCGGUUGAUCCUUCAACUGGUUCCAAGACGAAUAUUAAUGGAAGCCUUGAAAAAGGUAUUUCAGCUGUUUCAUCUUCUAAGAUAUCGAAGCUGUCACAAUUGAAUUCUGAUUCGAUCGCAUCAGAACAACCGGAAUGUAGUAGGGACAGCCAAGGCCAAGUCGAAAAAGAUGAUAUAAGUGCAGUAUGCAUGAUGAGUCCUGAAAGCAUUGAACGCUAA